CCUCGAUCUCCUCCGGUGGUCAUAGUAACAAAUGCACAUUUCCAUAGUUACAACAUCCGGGAGUGUUUGCGUCCAUAGUUACCAACAAAUAAAUGCUUAAGAUAAAUCACACUAUGGAAAUUAUCAGAGGUGGUUUAGACGACAUUUCUCGACCUGCAUCGAUUGAGCAAACAGGUAGAUGUGUGUCGUUGCCUCAUAGUGACAGAAGUGGUCCUACAGCUCCCUUUUCCCUUGUUGUUUUGACCAGCGAUGCUGCUGAUAUUCAGAGCAGCUCUGAAGAAACUAUAAUCAACUCCUCAGCCAGAGAUCCUGACAAAAGUCAGUGUCACAUUGAAGUUACCGAUGAAGAGAAGGAAGAUGCCGAACUACAGAGGGCCAUUGAGGAAAUGAGACGACUUGAUGAAAUACUGUCUGCAAAGAUCCGCAAAGAAAAGGAAGUCAAGUGUCAAAGGAAAGAACUUCAAGCAAAACUCUGGCAAGAGCUUCUGCAGAAUAAGCCUGAAGGUCACUCUGAAUGUGCCCAAGAAACCAUGAACACAAGGUUGUUUUUGGCUCUGGAAGCACCCACUGGAACAGAAGAAGAGGAGGACGACUUUGUGCCUGUGUUUGAAACUCAGGUUCCUGACUGGGAGCACAACAGAGACAGACAGAACUUGGAGCAAAGUGAAGAGAGGCCAGACAGCUCGUCAGAAUCAUUUGAACCGGGCCACGAGGAGACUGGGGAAGAGCAAUUUGAAGGCAGCCACUGUGGAGCUUCCAAGGGCAAGAAACAACAGAAGGACUUUGUCAAGAGAAACAUUGAGCUAAUAAGGGGCGAGGGGGAUCACGUGCCUUUGACUCAGGCAGAGAAAGAGCGUCUGGCUGAGCUGCUUCGAGACGUAGACGAAGAGGAAGAGGACAGUGCCAAAGGCGCAGACACCGAGGAGGACAUGUGGGCUGUGUCAGUCCGGACAGGCCAGGGUUACACCCCGGAGCUCUCUGACCUGCAGCGGCUGAUUGACAUUGACUCCAAAAUUCGCCUUCUCCUUCCUGUCGAGGAAUUUCUCUCAGUGCAAAGCUCAUACACACACCUUAGCAUGGCCCAGGGCCGUGGCUCGGAGGUUAGCUGGAAGUGGGAUGGGGACCCGCAGCCAGGAGAGAAGGUCCUGCAGGAUAUAAAGGAGAGGAGAGGGCAGGAGAGGCGGCUCCAAGAGAUCCAACAGCAGCUGGAGACCCUGGGCCAGGGCCAAGAGAUGACUAUGAAGCUAAUACUCUUCAUCGAUCAUCCGUAUUCCUCACAUCUGACCAGACCACCCUCUGAGACUCUCCAGGACCCAGUUGCUGAUAGACAUCUCUACCAGACAAAUCCAGUCCAAGUUCAAUGUCCUCCAGAAACAGAAUGAGUCACCAGACCUGACUGAGGAGCAGUUACUUAGUCUGCUGGAUGAAUGGGAGCUGACAGAGAGUGGGACCCAGGAUCUAGAGACGAGUGACACAACACCAUGAGGAACUAAGAAAGACUAGAUCCAUCUGAAGCCCUACUAUCAGACCGCCUAUCAAGAUACAUCAUUGCUGGGAUGUCACUAUCAGGCUACUGGGGGGGUUGAAAGAGAAAAAAUGACUGGAUCUAAACAUAUUUAGUAACCAGUAUAUUUCUAACCCUAUCACAAUUAUAUAACUAACCUGUCUUAUGUAGCCUACAUGUUCCACAAUGUGUCAGUAUUGUAAAAAAAAAUUGUAGUUAGGUUAUUUGGCAAGCGGUGGAAAGAGUACUGUUACUUUAAAGACAUUUUACUCGAGUAAAAGAAUUUGUGUAAAAAUGUACUUAAGUAAAAGUAAAAAGUAAGUCAGUUACUGCGUUACACUUUAUAUGAUGAUGUAUGAUACUACAUACUACAUAUUUAGCUUACAAAAUAGAUUGCAUUAAAUGUUUACACAAGUGGAACAACAUCAGCAACAACAAAACCCCUUCAGUUCAAACCAACAGGUGGGCUCUCUACAGUCUGUUCAUACAACUGAUUAUCAAUUCUAAAUAUACAACUAACUUUCUCAGUGUAGCCUCACAAGAAGAAACCAGAAAAGAAACAAAACUCAGACAAUUAAACAAAAAUGAUUGACCAUAAAUAAAACCAGCUACUGUAUGGACA